CUUUUUUCCGAGCGCUGCUUGGAGAGGCAUAGCCUACAGAGCGCGCCAGCCAGUCAGAGCAUUGGACGGGGCUCGUGCUGUUGCUGCUGCUGCCGCUGCCUGACAUUCAAUCGAGAGAGAAAGAGACCCAGCCAGCCAGACACGGACGCGCACACAGUAAAAAGUGCAGGCUCUCUCGGAAAGGAAAAGGGGAAAAAAGGAAGGAAGGAAAGAGGCAACUGAGAGAGGCGAUCGGCACAGGGAAGAAGAGAAGAUUCAGACUAGAGAGGAGCAAUCCUUCCUAUUGCCUACGCAUUAGGAUCUGCUGUUCAUUUUUCUAUUCGCCCAUUAAUUUAUUUCCCCCACCCCGAUUUGCUGAGGUUUUUCUUUCCUCGCUAAGCAACUUGGAUUCCCCCCCCCUUUAAUUAAGGGGAAAGAAGGAGGAAUAUAUAUAUAUAUAUCUCACCUCCUAAGAGAAAGGGCCCUAAUCUAACUGGGCUGAGUUAUUGAGUUCACCGAAAAGAUCUCCUGAAGGUGGUGUUAAAAAAGGGACGAACCCCCCCACCCCAAAUCCCAGCACAAAACAAACCACCCAACUUCAGCUUGAGAGCAGCGACUCUCUCAGCGGCGGCUGCAGGAUCCGAGCCCAAGUGUGCGUCUAUGUGUGAGCGAGUGUGUGUGAGAUAGAGAGACCUUGGAGAGAGAAAAAUGCACUGAAACUUUUGGCAAACUUUUCUCAUUUUGGUGUGUGUGCCUGUGUGGUGCGCGCGCUCUCGCGUGUGGUGCCUUGCCACCGAGGGCUGGAGAGUGCGUGUGGGCGGCUGGAAGUCUGUUACAAUUCUGAACCGUCUGAAGAACCGGUUGGAUUUUUUCUGGAGGGGCAUCGAAUCGGAACCCAAGGUAGCCUUUCUACGAGCAGAGAAGAGAUCUGCGUCUUUGGCGCCUAGGGAGCCGGGCUUAUGGACGGGUGAAACCAGAGACUGAAAUCUCCCCCCUCCCCCCCUCACACCAACCCCUUGAUCAGAGCGGCCCCAGGAAAAGGAAGAAGAGGAGUUAAAGAGACCCAGAGCGGAUCCGACAAGCUACUCCGGCUCCCCUUUGCCUCGCGCCUGGAAUCAUGAACUUUCUGCUCGCUUGGAUGCAUUGGGGGUUGGCGGCGCUGCUCUAUUUCCACAACGCCAAGUUAUCGCAGGCUGCUCCUGCCCAGGGAGAUGGGGAAAGGCAACAGAGUGAGGGUUCCUUGCUGCUUAAUGCUAGGAAAGGUGUGAACGAUCAGCAAUGUAGUUACGUGUCUGGCUGCAUGCCUCCAAGUUUCCCAGUUAUCUCAUUUAUGGUGGUCUUCGAGCGCAGUGCCUGCAGGACAAUUGAGACCAUGGUGGAUAUUUUCCAGGAAUACCCUGAUGAAGUGGAAUACAUUUUCAAGCCAUCCUGUGUGCCCCUGAUGAGAUGUGCAGGGUGCUGUACUGAUGAGGCGCUGGAGUGCGUACCCACAUCGACGUACAAUGUCACCAUGGAGAUCUUGAGAAUUAGACACCAUCAGAGCCAGCACUUAAGCCAGAUGAGCUUCCAGCAGCACAGAGAAUGUGCAUGCAGACAAAAGAAAGAAGUCAAACCUAGACAAGAAAAAAAAUCAAAGCGAGGGAAGGGUCAAAAGAGAAAGCGCAAGAGAGGCCGGUAUAAACCACAAAACUUUCACUGUGAACCUUGCUCAGAAAGGAGAAAGCACUUGUUCAAACAAGAUCCCCAGACCUGUAAAUGUUCCUGCAAAUUCACAGACUCACGUUGCAAGUCGAGGCAGCUUGAGUUAAACGAGCGCACUUGCAGAUGUGAAAAACCGAGACGGUGAGCAGCAGAGAAGAAAAAGGAGUGGGGGAAGAGCCUUGGAUUCUGGAGCCUGAUAUCUCGCCUGGUGAAAAAACACUAAUCCAAAUGAACACUAAAAUGAAGGAUCAGUAGAGCACAGCACUUUGAGUACGGACGAUGGACUCCGGAAGGAACAUUCCCCAAGGACCCUCACAGGAUUCAUCUUUUGGUUUUGAACUGAUUUUAUAGAGAGACUUUCCUUCUCAUGCUGCUAAAUAAUAGAGCCAGGGAGACUGGAGUGGUAUAUGUUUUGGGACUCCCAUUUCACAUGAAUAAAAAUAUAUAUGUUUGUAAAUAUAGAUAUACAUAUAUAUUCUGAGUUUUAAAAACAUUGCUAACAUUAUUGGUGUCUUCACUGGAUUAUAUUCAACUGCUGUGGACACAAGUGGGCUACUUGGGGCAUACAUGCUGAUGGCUUCAGCCAAAGCCCUCAGUGCCAUCUUCAUACUCUUGCUGACUCUGUAAAGCACACUGCUCCACCAACCUCAGUUCCCCCCAGUCUUGUAUGGAGAGACAUUUGCACCACAGAGGAGGUGGCAGGGGAUUCCAAAGAUGGGGCAUUGGAAUAUUAUGGGUCAAAAGGUCAAGGAAAGGACUCUAGAUGCUAGGUCUGAGGAUUCUGUCAACUUGCCUCCCUCUCUUCUCCAAAACUAUCUGCUCCGACUUGUCUUGCAACCUGCCUAUGUUGCUGGGGACGGUGGUGUACAUUGUAUUGACUUGCUAAAGAAACUUUGCUGUGGAUUUAUGUCCUGGCCUUUAACAGUGGAAAGUGGAUGAUGCUUGUCGGCUUGAGGAGGCAUUGCUGGAAUCUACAAUCUUGUAUCCCUUUUGGCUACUUAAGUAAGGAUAUAGGGCUGGCAGUACAUGGAAGCAAGAAACGGAAACUGGUGACUAGCCAGGCAGUUGAACAGCGCUGUCUGCCAUCAUUAUGCACAGAGCUGCCAUUGAAGAUGCUUAUGGAACAUCUCUGGAAAGGGAUAUUAAUCUAAAGUAUAUAUGUACAAUAGGAGGGGUGUAUGUGUGAGUGUCUGUCUGUGGAGUACAUACACACAACUAUACAGGUAUUUUUGUGCCUGAGUUCAAAAUUGGAUAGUGACAUUUUCAGCCCACUGGGCAACAUCCGAUGAGAGCUUACUUCUACUGUUUUGAAUUCAUUAAUAUCCUCAAUCUGUUGUAACGUGACUGAAUCGAGACAUCUUGUGCUAUGCUGGACUUAACGUAACCUUUAUUUCUGUCCACCACUAUGAUGGCAGGAUAACGUUGCCUAUCCUACCAAUACAUGGUUUUGUUUAUUUCCAAAUGUGUUUCGUUGCAACAGAAGCUUAUUUAGUAAGACAUUAUGAAGCACUCUCCACCCCACUACCAAACAUUAAAUAAUUAUAAUGAUCUUAUUUGCCUGAAGUAAACUCUCAUUUGGACAUGACCUUUACUUUGGGGGUGCCCAUCUUAAGACGUUUUGAAAGAUGCCUGUUUUUUUUUUCUCCUGUCGUAACCUUGAGCAUGUGCUAUUUGGAAAUCUGGGCGUUAGGGUUUCCUGUUCUUGAAUGUUAAGUGUUGAGUUGUUCAGAGAACACUUGUCUGAUCUGGCUUGGUGAUGCAAAUAUAGCCUUAACAUGACUAACCCCAUUGAUCAUGCUUCUGCACUAAAAAGUUCAGUCCAUUCUUAUGCGGAGCCUGAUUAAGGUUGGUAGAACCCUAGAGUGGCUAAUAUCUUCAGGCUCUCCAGAUCUUGGCAGUAUCACCCAACUCCUUUUACAGCAGCCUUCCCAACCUGGUACCCUCCAAAUGUUUUGGAUUAUAACUAAACUUCAGCCAGGUUGGGAAGGGCUGUUGAAUUAAACAGGCUUGUGUGUGUGUAUGUUUGUAAAGGUGCAGUCAACAGCCAUCAUAAAACUGCAAAGCCAGUGGCUGACAUGCAAUGCCUGCAAUCCUGAGGACCAUGUGUACACUAUCCCUAAGCAAACUUCUGUGUGUGUGGCCCUUGGGACAAGCUUUGAAACUGUAAAAUGGGCAAGAGUUCUUUUUCACCCCGGCAUGGGGAUUGCCUUAAAAUGGGCCCUUCAGCUAGUCACCUACGUAUAUACAGAUUUAGAAUAAUGGAUAUUUAAGUGUCCUUGUGGGAUCAGGCUAGAAUGCCCAGUGCCUUGCAAGAUAAAAACACUUGGAACACCAAAGCACCACAAAUCACUGGGCAUUAAGUGGACAUUUUGAUCAGGAAAGGAGCUGGCAGGGUAGAUGUUUAAAGGCAGCAAUGUACUUUUAAUGCCUAAAGUUUAUUGACUUGCCCAAAUACACUCUGACCUUAUCUUGCUUUGCCAGCAAAUGAGUGGCAUUAAUGGCGCCAUAUUGAUUGCUUGGCAAGUGCAUCAGUGGUACAGUGGGCAACAUAGGUACAACUUCUUUGAAAGUCUAGAUGAAAUGUAAUUGGUGGGUGAGUGGGUGGUGCUUCUGCACUAGAAUUACCCUGGAAGAGCAGUGUUUCCAUUUUUCUUGUUGGAUUGUACCUAGCAUCCAUGAUAUCGCAGGCAGUUUCUGCAGUUUUUAAUCAGAUGCAUGUGGUACGGACUUUUUAAGAUUAGAAGCAGCAUUGUUGCCUUUGAAAAUCUAUUCCUAUAUAAUUUAUGUAAAAUAUACUGGCAUUCACUGUGUGCACACACCUGUAUGCUGCUGCUUGCAUGGACCUGUGGCUAUCUGGUUGCUCAAGAGAUAGUAAGGCCAGCUCUGAAAAUGCUAGUUACCUCGGUGGAUGGGUAGAAUGAAACCAAACUUCUCCUUCCCUUGCAAUGGGAUAGAGAUAGGUCCUGGAUUCUGUUCCCAGUUUCCGAAAAAUUUGGCACUCAGAGCUGGCUAUCUGCUUGGCAUUGCAAACAUAUUUCCUAAUUCAGUGUUGGGAGACUGUGUGUGCAGUCCUAAGUGCUGGGAAUGCAGAGAUCUAGAACCAUGUGCCCAGCUCCCUUUUUCUCUGUGUGUGGAAGCGAGCUUCCAAUUGCCUUCACUGGAGUGGGGUAUAGGCCUGGUGCUCAGUUUCAGAAGUUUUCUUUUUUUAAUGAAGUUAUAUUUGGUCUGUGUCAGAAUGCUGCCAAAUGCCUGUCUGUUUACAGACAAGCAAAAAAUCAGCUUGUUGCAAGUGUGAUUAACCACUAUGAAAUGCCCUUCCAACCAAUAGCAAAUGUGAUGUGUAGUGUGUGUGUGUAGUGUGUGUGUCUGCGCGCAUUACUAAAAUGUAUAUAUUCAUGCUGUGCGAGGUGACAAAAGAUUGUUCUAUAUACUUGUUUAAUAUCCCUUUUUAAAAAUUAGAAAUUAAAAAAUAAUUUAAACUAGGUAUUUUUCAGUAUUCUUUGUUAAUAUUUAAUUUUACUAUUUAUAAACCGUACCUCCCUUUUUUUGUACUGUUAUGUAUAAAUUUUUAACUCUUCUGUUCCAUCCAAUCUAUCUCCAGUUGUUGGCAGAGUCAGUAGCAUGAUCAGUUAUUUAAUUAAUAUUUCUAACACCCACCCCCUACACAUUCCUUUUGAGGCAAGGGUUAUACAUCUACAUAUUAUAUAUAUAUUUGGUUAUAUGUAUGUGUGUGUGUGUAUAUAUAUAUAUAUAUAUAUAUAUGUUUAUGUAUAUGUGUGAUUCGGAAUAAAUAGACACUACAAUUUUUUUUAUAUAUGUAAUCCCCCAGCCCCAGAAAUAUAGAAAAUUUUACUAUCAUUUUAUUUAUUGGUGCUACUGUUUAUCUGUAAUGUGGCGAGAAAAGAUUUCACUAGCCACACUGGCUAAUCUCAAGAUUCCAUAUGAAAUAUUUAUUUUUAGACAAAAAAUAACAAAUAUAUCUUUAAAAAAACCACCAUCUAUGACUUUUUUGUAAUAAAGAAUUUAAUUCUCA